UUUCAUCGUUAGAAAUGUAUUUCGUAGUUAUCUUUCUUGUAUCACUUGGAGGUAUUUAUUCAGAGGAGUGCAAUAGUCCAUCGAUUAUACGGCAGACGAAAACAGAAGUCGAUUUUUUAUCGAAGAGGCUGACAGCACUUCAAGGAAAAUUGUCAUCGUGUGAAGCGGAACCUCCUACUUCUGCAUAUACUGCCUUUACAGCUACAUUGUCUACAAAUGGUGCAACAUUGUCAAAAGGAGAAAUAGUCAAAUACAGCCGAGUUAUUACUAAUAUUGGAAAUUGUUAUGAUUCCGCUACGGGUGUUUUUACUGUCAAAACGUCCGGUAUUUACUCUGUGUCUGUUUCUAUGAUGACUCCCCCUGGUAAGCCAUCCCAUCUUAUUCUAACGAAAAAUGGACAGAAUUUGGUAUGGCUAUAUACAGGAGGUCCCUAUGAUAUGGCAUCUCAGACAGUAAAUGUGGCACUGAAAGGAGGAGAUAAGCUUUCGGUUCGACAGAAUACCGGGACUCAACUUUAUGGAAACCAAUUUUAUAAUCUGUUUACUGCAGCUUUGAUAAAGCCGGGAACUUUUAAGAACAAUUAA